AAAAACUACCUUAUAAAAAAUUAAGUCAAUUGAAAUGUAGAAAAUAACUUAAUAAUUUCAUUUAGAGUGGUGUAAAACACGAAAUUCAGAUUAAAAAUCAUGAGCAUUAAUUCAAAAUUUUGUGCACAUACCUUAAUUUAGUGUAAUAAAAUGUGUGAUACAUUAUUAUACUCCAAAAAAAACUAAAAUUUGAAAAUGCUUAUAGUUUAAAAUACAAAAAAAAGAAAAACUAAAUUAGAAGCUAAAGGACUCGACUAAAAUAUUUUUUUAUGGUUUGGUUACAAAAUAUAAGUGAUACUUUCAAUUACAGUUACUUCUUUUACCGACAAAAAGUUUAAUUUUACCAAAAACUGUCGAAAAUAAGAACGUUCAAAAUAAACGCAAAGAAAAAAAAAUGAUAGAGUUGAUUUUUUAUAGCUAUUAAUAAUAAAAAUUGGAAAUCUUAAGUUUCAUGGAUACGCAAAAUACAUGUUGUUGGGAUUAAACUUGUGAAUGAAACUACAGUCUUCACCAAAAAAUAGACUUUAUAUUGAGAUGGAAAAGGCGAAAGCUUAUAUUAAAAAGGAACUUCAGACAUCGAAUACAAAAACAAAUGUAAAAGGAGGAAACAUAGAUGAGAAAUGUUUUGUAUGCGGUUCAAAUGGAGCAUCUGAUUCGUAUCAAUUGAGAACGAAACCAAAUUGUGAAAAACCAUCAGAACCUUAUUUUCAAUUUUUAGACACUCACGAACCACCAAAUGGUGUAAAAGCACUUCAACCUAAUCAGAUUUCUGUAAAAUCUUGCGUUCUGUGCUAUAAAAAUUUAAACUUACAAUGGGAUUCAUUUGAAAGAGAAGGAAAACCACAUUUACAGCGCAUUUAUUGGAUGAAAAGAAGCGAUGGAAAACCGUUUACUGGUGCUGACAUGUCCUCGCAAGGAGAAUAUGCAGCUCAAAUGUUAGGCUUAUCAACUGAUCAGCAGCCUCAACCAAUACAGCCUUCCAGUGCAAGACCACAAUCUUCAAAUGAUUUUAUUUCAAAUUAUUCAAACUUAGAAAGUUCUAGUAAGAAAAAUGAAUCCAAUAAUGGCCUAGCCAAAAACAGUGAUACAUCAACUAGCAAAUUUUCAAGAAACGAUGCCAAUAGUGGCACUUUGUCACGUCCAAAUAGUAGGAAUGAAAAGAGACCACAAUCAAGAGAUAGUCAGCCUCCUCUUUCUAUUACAACGAUUAAAGCAAAUGAUAAUUUUUCAAGUGCAGGAAUAAAACAACCAUCAUCUUUUGCUCAACAUAAGUUUAAACUUGGAAACUUUUCAAAUUCUUAUUCUUCACCAUCUCCUUCAUUGACGACAUCGGCAACACAAUUAUGUAGUAAUGUUACACCAUCAGCAGCCGCAAACUAUGGAAACCAAUCUAGAUUUUCAAUGAUUGAUGACGAUUGUUCGGCAUUAGAUUUAAGAAAUUCAUCAAUUGGUAGUAAUAGUGUAAAUUUGAGCUCAAUUCAAGGAAUCGGAAGCAAUAGUAAUUCGUCAACUGGAAGUGGUGGUUGUGGAAGCAUUGGUGGUGGCACUGAUAUUUUAGACUUAUCAAUGCCUGAUAAAAAUUCUGUAACUGAAGUUUGUUAUGUUUGUGGAGACGAACAACGAAGAGGAAGUUUAAUGGAACUAAGCACCUGUGUUCCGAAAGAUACUAAAGAUUUAGAAAAGCCUUUCUUUCCGAUAUUUGAUGAAAGUCAUGCACGUCCUGCACGUUCACGUCCUAAAGAUCCUAAAGGAAAUGUUCAAGCAUGUAAAUCUUGCUAUAAUCAUUUGAUGACUCAAUGGCAAAACUUUAAUGCACGAGGCACGCCUGAUAUUGAGAGAAGAUAUUCGCUUAGAAAACGUCAAAUUACACAAGAUCGUACAACAUUUGUUUGUUAUGUUUGUGCUGCUGAUUGUCCAUCGAGUCAAUUACGUCUUGUUUAUUGUUGUCCAAAUGCUGAACGAGAACCAUAUUAUCCUUUCAUUAAGACAAUACAAGCACCUCCAAAUGCAAGUCCAAUCAGUCCACAAGGAAUGGUUCAAAUAUGUGUUUCAUGCUAUCAGAAGAAUAUGAAUUUAGCAGAGGGAGGACCGAUUCCAACAGAAGAAAGAUCUUCUCAACUUACAAAUUCGUCGUCUAUGUCUAUUCCGAUUCAUCAAGAACAAGUGCCUGUUAUGCAGUCAUCGAAAAUGUCCAAUACUUCAAUGUCGCUAUCACACUUGCAACAGCAUUCAUUGCAAUCAUCUUUAAAUCCCAAUGAAAACCUAUCUUCGAAAUCUAUGAUUCACGAUCAAAGUGCGAGUUCUAUGAAUGUUAGAUUUAAACCAUAUGAUUCCUCAAAUGCUUCCAAAGAACAGUUUACAGCACAACAGCAACAACAGUCAAUGAAAGGCUCAUUACAAAGACGUGAUCCAAGCAGUUCUCCACACAGUGUAACUGAAAAUGGUCAUGGAUUUCCCUGCUAUAUUUGUAAACAAAUCUUUAGUUCCCAUCAUUUACAAUGGUUGUCUACAAGUGCAGAACACAUGAAUUCACAUGCAAUGCACUUCCCAUGUUUAAAAACCAGUGAAAACGGUCCAUCAAGAGUUUUAGCAUGUACUAGAUGUUAUCAUUCACUGGCUUCGCAAUGGGAGUCGAUGGAUGCUGAGAGAAUACCACUAGAGCACAGAAGGUACAAUAUUCCAUCACCUAUGUCUAACUCUAUUUCACCUAGCCCACGUAGUAUGCAAAUGGGUAUUUCAACUCCACCAGCAACUCCUUCAACUCAAUCAAUUUAUUGCUUGGUUUGUGGUCUUCAUUCUGAUUUAACUUUAGCUAGACUACUUUAUGCAAACAAAGAGGGUUCACGUCCAUAUUUUCCAUUUUUAUUGAAGCACAAACCACAUCCAAAUGCUGAACAAUUGAGAACAGAUGGAUCGGCAUUAGUUUGUACAUUUUGCUAUCAUUCUUUAUUAAGUCAAUGGCGCAAAUACGAAGCACAAAGUUCGAUAUCUCCAUCUGAACGAGAAUAUAAUUGGCAUGAUUAUUGCUGUCAUUUGUGUGGAAUAAAGACUUACAGAAAAAGAGUUCGUGCACUGCCAAUAAGAGAAUUUCCAUUUGUAGCUAACCGGAAAUCCGAUGGAUUACUUUUAGAAAAUGGUGAUUAUGCAGUCGUAUGUUUAGAUUGCUAUGAAUAUUUAAAACAACAAGCUUCUCAGUAUGAUCGAUUAGGUGUCCCACUUGAAAAACGUGAAUACAAUUGGGUACCUCAACCUCCACCACCAGAGGAUGGUCCAGAUGUUUCUGUUGCUCGACUACCAAGCGGACAAAAGUGCAUAGAUAAGCUACGAGAUCCAAGUAUCAUAAAUCGGUCAUUGCAAAACAAAAAAAGUAGCAACAACUCACCAAAACAAAUGCAAAGUGAUAAACGAGGAAUUGGUCAAACUUCCACUCAUCCAAAUGAAAUGAUUCAAAAAAAUUAUGCCCAAAAACGUCCGGAAAAUAGCUCACUUCCUCAAACUUCACAUCAUCAUAGUCAAUCACCAGUUUUAGGCUCCCAAUCUCAACAGACAACAGUAAUGCCUGCUCAUAUGAAUUCACAAUCUUUAAUACAACAAGCUCAACCAAAACAUUCUAAUUUACCAUCAAAUUCAUCAAAUCGUAACAAUAGCGAACCAUCAUUUUCUGCCGUUUUACGCAAUCUUGCAAAACAGCAAAUCGAUAUUAAGGAUGAUGAUAUGGGGCAACCGCAAUCUUCAAGCGAAAAUAAAUCAAACAAUACAAGAAUACAUGAAAAGGAAAUUGACUUAAGUCGUCAAGUAAAUUCAUCACGUAGCCUUCCAUAUGACGGUCGCUCACAUACCACGAUCAGACACCCUUCUCCUGAGCCACCUGAGAAAAAGAUUCCUCGAUUAAGCAGCAAUACACCGAAUCCUCCACAAAGUCAAUCAAGUCUUCAAUCUGAACUUUUAACACGUAGUGGCUUCCAACCAUACAGACCCGAUGAUAGACAUCUUCAUCCGGCAGCAGGACAGUUUCAAAUGGAAAGUUUCUCCCCUUUUGGUCAAAUACCAGGAUUACCACCAAGUGGUUUAUUUAAUCCAGCGGCCUUAUCAUAUCAUGAUUUAUAUUCAUUAGAUCCAAGAGUACAGACCAUGUUAAGAUCAAGUCAACAUGCUGCACUGUAUUCACAAUUAUCACCAUAUGCAGCACCGCAUUUAUAUGGCUUGAUGCCAGGAGCAUCUAAUUUACCGGCAAUCCACGAACGAAUGAAAUUAGAAGAGGAACAUAGAGCACGUAUUAUUCGUGAGGAAGAAAAGGCACGGGAAAGAGAACGAGAAGAGAAAGAGAGAGAAAUGCGUGAACGAGAGCAACGAGAAAAAGAAAUAAGAGAGAGACAGCAACGUGAAAAAGAGCAGAGAGAACGUGAAAAACAUGAAAAGGAGAUGCGUGAAAGAGAACUUCGUGAAAAAGAAAUGCGUGAAAAAGAGCUGAGAGACCGAGAAAUGCGGGAAAAAGAAAUGCGUGAAAGGGAAAAAGAAAGAGCUAUAUUACAACAGCAUCAUUUCAUGCAAUCACAACGAAAUCCUUAUAAUCUUCUUGGAUUAUUUCCUCAAAUGGUUGGCUUACGGCCACCAUCUUCAAUGCAUCCUGGAUAUGGUUCGAUGCAUCCCUCUCUUUUAGGAUUACCUAUGCCCUCACAGAUACCAACGACAAUGUCAAGUAGUUUAUCUUUACCACCGCAUCAUUCACCAUCGCCUCAAAAUGUUCCAUCAUCAGUGUCACAAAUUACAAGCUCCUCAAAUUUAUCUUCCGUUAGUAGCUCAUUAAUGCCGCCUCUCGGUUUAAAUCCAUCAUCAUUGCCACCGGGUUUGUCUCUCUUUCCUGGCAAUUUGCCUCCUCCUGCUCAUCUUUAUUCUUCAUUAGUUCCACCAUCAGCAUCUCCCUCAUCAAGUUUAGGAAAUAAUUCAUCCUUUCCUCAUCCGCUUUUACCUCCUGUAACAUCUCCUCAACCAAUAGCGCGAUCACCAUCAAAUCCAUCCUCAUCAGCACAUCAAAUUCAGACAUUAAAUUUAACGAAAAAUCCCAUCUCAAUGGCAAGAACUUCUUCACCAUCCCAUUACAAUUCAAACAACCUAAUUAAUAGCAGCAAUAGUACGCGACGAAAUGAGAAUUCAUCAAUUGAAAACAAAAAUAGUCCAAUUAAUAAUAAUAAUAAUAAUUCAUCGUCAAAUAUAUCAGUAGCAUCAGCGAAUGAUAUAAUUGCAAAAAAAUCUGAAUCCUCCAACAUAAGUAAUGGAAAUAAUGUAAAUACAUUAAUUAAUUUAAAUAGUAAUAACAAUAGUGGUAAUUUAAUGAAUAAUAAUUCCGGUAUGAUUAAGAAUGAGCAACAAAUUGAUGUAGCACCAAUUAAGGCAGAAAAAUUGAUAAAAGAUGAAAAAGGAGAAGGUUUUAAGCCCAUUGUAUCGGAAAAACCAAUAAUUGAUCCUACAAAAACCAACACAGCUACAAAUAUUCCAAAAUUAGAAUCAGAUAUUAUAAUGAAAGAUGAAGGCUUAACUAUUGAAAAUACUUCACCUAAUAACACUUUAGAUAAUCCUGACAUAAAGAAGGAAAAUGAUGACUGUAAAAAUAUGAUAGAUAUGGAUAGUAACAUAAUUGAUGUGAAAAAUAAUGAUGAGAAGAUGAUAGUCGACGAUAAAUCUAAUGAUGAUGCAACAGUUGAUAAAAAUAUUGAACAUGGCGCAAAUAAUAAUGAGAAUAAUAAGACGUCCAUUAAAAAAUCGUAAUAAAUCAAGGACUAUAAAUUAAUUUUUGACUUUCGACUUAUGUCGAGUGCAUAAAAGUCGUUAUGUUUUAAAUGUGUUGUUUCGAUAAAUAAGAUUACAAACAAUUUCACAUUUUUUGAGAAUAAGCAAAAAAAAAUCGAAAAGAAAUCAGGAUUAAUAGGUAGAAAAUAUGUAAACAUUUUUACGUAAACCAUAUAUUACUUUCAAUUGAGAAAAUUAAUUGUCGAAUUUUUCUUCUUAAGUUGAACUUACUUUCUUAAUUAAAAGAAGAAGAAAAAAUACGAAAACAAAAGUGACACGGUAAAAUUGAUAUAAAAAUUUGAAAUUCUUCGAUUUAUAUUUUUUGAAAAAAAAAAACAAACAAAUAUUAAAACAAAACUACUUAAAUUGUAAUAAAUUAUACAUAAGGCAUCGUAAAAAUUUCUCAAUAAAUGCAAAAAAUGAAGAAAAAAAAAACACAAAAUAAAAGUAAAAAAAUUUUAUUGUCGUCGAAAAACAUAAAUAAAAAUAAGAUUUUUGCAUAAAUCGCAUGUCUUUAACUGUUUACAGAAAUAAGUAUAAUGAAUGGAAAACUCACCCAGAACUUUUUGUUACAAUUAAAUUAACAUAAUUUUUUUGAGAUAAUUAUGUAAAUAAAUAAAAUUAAUUUUUAUAAAUA